AAUAGAGCAGGCACUUUCCAGCUUGCUCAAGAGGACACAAUCACAGCCGCUCUGUGACUAACCUUCAGCCGCCUGUAACUUUCCUCGCUUUUCCACAGGCUUAGAAACGCGUGCGCACGCGCACCUGCCUCAUUGCUUUCUGCUGUCCAGCGGCCUGCCUCUUUCACUUCUUUUUGGGCUUUCUCAGAGUCUGAGGAAAUAGAAUGGCUACUAACGAUGCUCUGAAGCAAAAGACAGAAGACAAGGAAUGUGCAGAAGAUGCCAGAGUUUGUGUCCCUAAUCCAUACCUUAAGAAAAUGAAAGAUGACAUCUUGUAUCAUUUUGCCCUUGGGACUAGUACUCAUGAUUUUCCUGCCUUAUUUGGAGAUAUAAAGUUUGUAUGUGUUGGAGGAAGUCCUUCACGGAUGAAAAUGUUUACUACCUAUAUUGCUGAACUGCUCGAAAUUGGUCACCCUGGUUAUGACUAUCCCAAUAUAUGUGCUGGAACAGAUCGGUAUGCAAUGUACAAAGCAGGACCUGUACUGUCAGUCAGUCAUGGAAUGGGAAUCCCUUCAAUUGCCAUCAUGUUGCAUGAACUCAUCAAGCUGCUGUAUCAUGCCAAAUGCUGCAAUGUAACCAUUAUUCGUAUUGGCACAUCUGGUGGACUAGGUUUGACACCAGGCUCCGUGGUGAUCACAAAGCAAGCUGUAGAUGCUACCUUUAAGCCACAGUUUGAGCAGAUUAUUUUGGGGAAGUCUGUCAUUCGUAGUACAUAUUUAGAUGAAAAACUAACUGAAGAUCUUAUGGAGUGUGCCAAGGAACUUGAUCAGUUCAACACAGUUAUUGGAAACACAUUGUGCACUCUGGAUUUCUAUGAAGGUCAAGCUCGCCUUGAUGGUGCCAUCUGCACAUAUACUGAAGAAGAGAAACUGCAAUAUUUGAAGGAAGCUCACAAGACUGGAGUGAGAAAUAUUGAGAUGGAAUCUUCUGUUUUUGCAGCUAUGUGCAAUCUUAGUGGCCUCAAAGGUGCUGUAGUAUGUGUAACAUUACUGAACCGACUUGAAGGAGAUCAGAUCUCUACACCUCAUGAUGUUUUGAAGGAGUAUCAGACAAGACCACAGAAGCUGGUGGGACAUCUGAUUAAAAACCAUCUUGUGAAAAAGUGACUUUCUGUACUAUAUAUUUCCUGGAACCUUUCCUUUUACUUGAAUUCUUGUUAAAAAUGUUUCCUCAGUAUCAUACCUUACAAUCCUUUUUCGCCUUUAAAAAGAAUUGAACUAUUUUUGAACAUAUAUGUAUAUGUAUGUAUACAU